AUGAGCCCGACGUGCUCCGACGCAGAAUCUCCAACACAGUCUCCCAAAAAGCGACAACGAGCGUCUCUAACCAAUGAAGACAUCAUCGCUGCAAUUAAAGUAGGAACCCAAUCGCGCGGUAGGCCACGCGUUGCCAACAAAACAGCACGCACUGCUACCCAUGAACUUCGGCUACUGAGAGCGGAAGUAGCCUCCAUGGAAGAAAAACUUCACGGUCUACAGUUGAAAUGGACUAAACAGCUACCAGACCAGCGCGUGUUGAUCACAGCGCAGCGUACCGCCUUUAAAAAGCGCGAAGUUGCUGUGACCGAGGCGGCACAUAUUAAGCUCCAGGAGGUGCAUCUGCAACAACAACUGAUGUUCGCUACGCUCCAGGCUGCAAUCCUUCGUGCGCCACUUCACUCAAACGGUCAGGACAUCUUCAAGUCGCUUCACUUCGACACUCGCUUCGGACGCGACCCCGAAGAGCGUAGUAGGAUGCUGAUUGCACAUAAUGAACGCUCUCUCGCCACCGUACCGUCACUAAUGGGCCGGUUCACACAACUGGCCGUUAACAGAGCGCUGGCGCUUCAAGACGGUAAAGAUCAAGGGAGGAAACCGGUACUACCACUUUCACAAAUUGAUAUUACCGGCUGCAAAAACUACACGCUGGUUACCAGUGUCUUCAUGUCGGAGAUUCCGCAUAAUUCACUAGAGGACGUGUACGCGGCUGCGCUGGCCUAUCACGAUGCCAUUCCCGCUACAAUGAAGCGCCAUUUCGGUGUUGAUGCGACGCGAGCGAGGCUUAACCGACCCGAUGCACCAGCAGCAUACUGGCGACUGACCCUCGACGGAGUCGGACUGCCAGCCAAUGUGAACCACAUUUUGUGCUCCGAGUUAACAGCUUCUCAUGGAAUGAUUCACAUGGACGCAGUUGUGGACGAUCCUAUUUAUCCCACUUCGCAGUCCAGCCCUCUGGAUUACGGCAUCUCUGGCCUCACAAUGACGCCUCGGAAAGACCCAUUGACGGGAAGAACGGUGGCUGUGACGCUCCGAUGGGUUGUCUUGUAUCGGUACAAGCUGCUCCCGGACGAACCUGCUCUCAGAAAGGACCUGGAGAUCAUCCGACCGAUUCUGAAUGGGGAUCUUAUCACGGCGUCGGUGUGCAAUUAUAUUCACGAACUCCAACUGCGACGAAGUUCGCGUAACUAG